AUGCCCUUUUACGCUGUAGCUAAAGGAAGAAAAGUGGGCAUUUUUCAUCAUUGGGAUCAAGUCAAACCCCUAGUCAAUGGUUUUAGUGGUCCCAAAUUCAAAAAGUUCAACACUGAAGCAGAAGCAAACAAAUUUGUGGAGGAAAACUCCGGUGAACAAACUCCUAGAGAAAUACACAACACUAAACGUCCAAGGUUCGAAUCAAAUUUGAAUCUUAUUUAUCAGGAAGCUGAUUUGAUCCCGAAAAAGUCCAUAGCACCUAGCUUGGCUGGUUUAAAAAUCAGCAGGUCAGCUGAUAAAUAUGACAUCGAAGAAGAGUUACCACCUGAGAUAUAUACCGAUGGUGCAGCUAGAGGGAACGGUACGAUGCAUACCAUAUCAGGCUACGGGGUAUUUAUAGGGAGAAAUCACACUAAUAUCUCCGUCAGUUGGAGAAAUUGUAAGAAAUACGCUGGUUCAGCCUACCCUACUAAUCAGACGUUAGAGCUUUUAGCCAUAAGACAUGGCUUGAAACUUAUAGAAUCGAAAAAACCACCUAUAAUAGUGAUCAAGACCGAUUCCCAGUUUGGUAUUAAUUGCCUAACUAAAUGGUCUGAAGGGUGGAAGAAAAAAGGUUGGAAAAAAACCGAUGGGAAACAAGUUGUACAUAAAGACAUUUUGAUAGAUUGUUUGGACAUAAUGGAUCGUAUCAAGUAUUCCACAAACUUACAAUUCGAACAUAUAAGAGGUCACCAAGGACAUUAUGGAAAUGAAAUGGCUGAUUUGUUGGCCAACUUAGCUUGUGAUAGUCCUUAG